CUUGUAGUGAUGUCAUAUCCUGUCUCUUUUUCUCUUCAAGAGAGCUCUACCAAGGUAGCAUUGCAUGUUUUCUCUCUCUUGUGCUAAGACUGUCCACUUUCUGUCCACCUCAUGUCCUGUGGUUCUGGUUGACAGUUGGAAAUCUUGAAUGUAAGAUAACAGGAAGCCAAAAAAGUGAAGUUUUAAAUCCAAUUUGUCGUGUGUCUCAGUCAGUCACGACAUCAAACAUCUUUCUCCCAUGUAUUCAGCUAUGACUAAUUCCAAUAAUUGUUUGCUGACUGUAUUUUGCGUAGUUGUCUUUAAAAUAUGAGGAUCUUUAAAAUAUGUACAAUGCAAUCCAAAAUGAAAGGAGUUCAUUAGCUUCUUAAUUACUGUUGCAUUGCUGUCUCAUUCCCCAUUUGAUGUCUUAUAACUCGUUUGUCUACUGUCUUGUGUAUCUUUGUGCUUUAUGUCAGGACCCCUUGCAAAAGAGAUUUCAAUCUCAAUGGGGUUUUCCUUGUUUAAAAAAAAAGGCGAAUAUACUUCAUGACAUAGAGUAAAAAUGCCACAACACACACAGCAAAUCUAAACGGUUCCAGAAUGUACCAGUAGAGGGAGACUAAAUGAAACAAACAAACCGUCUACUGUGAAAAAAUAAAAUGUCUGUCAUCUUUGACAAAUGUUGUGUCGUCAGAGUUUCCUGCCUUUUACCUCUGGAGAGCCUAGUCUCACUCACUAGUUUUGGUUCUGUGCUGCCCUCCCCUAUUCUGCACUGGCUAGUUAAGAUUUUACAAACAUUGGCUCGCUCCAGCUUUUUUUUCCCCCCCAUAAACUGCCUAGCAACACAUUUCGCUUGUUUGCGUGAAGGAAGGCAUUUAAUGCUCUGUGGCGGCAGUGUAAUUUGAAACAGAAAAUAAACGGAGGUAGCUUGCUUGCGGCGCUAGGUUCCCGCCAUCAUGAUCGGACUCCCCAUCGGCUGCAUUGUCACUCUACUCUGGCUCACAGACCCUUCCCUGUGCAGCAAGGUUUCCCAAAGCCCUGCUCACCUGGCCCAACAGGUGGGAGAAUCCGCUCAGCUUCAGUGCUCACACAGAAUUGCGGGAUACGAUCGUCUUCUCUGGUACCUGCAGUCUGGAAAUGGAGUUUUCACGUUCCUUGGGUAUAUGAAUUUGAACUUUGGGUACCCAGAGGAUCAGUAUAAAGGAAAAUUUUCACUCCAAGGUCAGUUGGUCAGAGGCGGUGUUCAACAGUACCCCUCAUCCCUUCUCCAACGGUCCGGAGAGCCCGCUACUCUCCACUGCUCACACAACAUCUCCAGCUACAACAUGAUACUCUGGUACCGCCAGCCCAGGGGAGCUGGGACUCUGGAGCUCCUCGGAUAUAUUUACCAUGACAACAAGAACGUGGAGCCCCCGAUGGAGACAAGACUCAAACUCGAAGGAGAUGGAAAAAAGUCGGGAACCAUGACGAUCUCCAACGUCACGUCAGCGGACGGCGAUGCGGUGUACUUCUGCGCAGCCAGUGAAACACAGCACCACAUCGUCCCUCUCGCCUCUACAAAAACCCUCUCGUGUUCAGAAAUCCACCAGCAGGGUGCAGCAGAAAUGUUUUUUUUUAAUUUUUUUUUAAUCAAUUUAAAAAUUUUAGUGAAUUAUCUUUAUUAAUUUUCUGAGCAAUGAACUUGCUUUCCCCGUUCUUUUUUUUUUUUUUUCAUUUUUGUCUUUUCAUUUUUUGUCAUCAAUUUUUAUGAAGAUUUUAUGAUGUCACUUCCUGCCCUCCCCAUCCCUGAGAGUGCACGUAAGGCCACACUGUUCUCCUUUUACUAUGUUCCCUCACCAGCACUGAGUCAACAUGA